AUGGAUGUCAAAACCGCUUUCCUUAAUGGAAAGUUGGCUGAGGAUGUUUACAUGAGUCAACCAGAGGGUUUUGUCGAUGCAAAGCACCCUAAUAGAGUGUGUAAGCUUGAGAAAUCCAUCUAUGGAUUGAAACAAGCAUCUCGCAGAUGGAAUCUUUGUUUCGAUGAGAAAGUCAAAGAGUUUGGUUUUUCGAGGAGCGAAGAUGAGUCCGGUGUAUAUGUUAAGGCUAGUGGGAGUAUAGUUAGCUUUUUGGUAUUAAGGACCUUGGAGAAGCUUGCCUAUAUCCUAGGGAUAAGGAUAUUGAGAGAAAGGAGUAGGAGACUAAUUGGACUUAGUCAAAGUACCUACUUGGAUAAGGUGAUGAAAAGGUUCAGCAUACAGGAUUCCAAGAAAGGUGACUUACCAAUCCAGACUAACACCAAACUGAGUAAGACUCAGAGCCCGAGUAUAGAGGCCAAUAUAGCUGAGAUGAGUCGAGUACUGUAUGCUUCCGUUGUAGGCUCGAUCAUGUAUGCUAUGACUUGUACUCGUCCUCAUGUGGCCUUUGCUUUGAGCAUGGUCAGCAGAUAUCAAGGGAAUCCGGGCAAGGCUCACUGGACUGCGGUGAAGAAUAUUCUCAAGUACCUACGAAGGACUAGGGACUGGGUCCUUACCCUUGGUGGGAGUGAUGACUUGAGAGUAGUGGGGUAUAGUGAUGUUGGCUUCCAUACUGAUAGGGAAAAUAUCCUCUCUCAUUCGGGCUGGGUAUUUACCCUAAAUGGAGGAGCAAUUACUUGGAAAAGUUCCAAGCAGGAAACAGUAGCUGAUUCAACUUGCGAAUCAGAGUACAUAGCAGCAAGCGAGGAGGAAAAGGAGGCUAUAUGGCUAAAGAACUUCAUUGGAGACCUUGGAGUUGUAUCAGCUAUUAAGGAGCCUAUGGAAAUUUUCUGUGACAACGAGGGUGCAGUUGCCUUAGCUAAGGAACCAAGGGAUCACGGCAGAUCCAGGAAGAUCGACAGAAAAUACCACUUCAUUAGACAUCGGAUAGAAGAAGGACUCCUCGUGGUGAGGAUGGUAUCAUCGGAUGAGAACCCAGCAGAUCCCCUCAUGAAGGGACUGUGUAGGGUUAAGCAUUUGCAGCAUGCGAGGCGCAUCGAGCUGAAGGAUGAUAUUAGUUUUACAGAUUAG